GGUCCCCAGAGAGACACACACACACACACUAACACUCCAAAACACACGCUUAAACACAGUCAGACCAAGAGUCCCAGUGGUCAGGCAUGGAGGUACUGGAGCUCACUCUCAGCAGCUAACUUGGGGCAGCCUGGAUGGAGCGCUGCACUGUGCUGGAUGGUGAACCUGUGGACUGACAGCACUGUUCUACACUGACUGGAAAGCUCAGCACUCUGUUUCACCAUGGAGUUUGGAAGAGUUUGGUCCAGAUAUCACAGAACGCUGCUCAUCACCAUGAUGAUGUUCAAACUGGGCCUCCUGUGCACAGCAGCAGCAGACAAGUGUUUAUCAUCUCCCUGCAACAAUGGCGCCACCUGUCUUGACCAUCUGGGUGACUACGUGUGCCUGUGCCCCAAAGGACCAGUGUGGUACAUGGGCAAAAACUGCGAUGAGCUGUAUGAUGCCUGUAUCAUGGCACCGUGCACCAAUUGUACCAGCACACCAGGGACUGAUGAGUUCACCUGCCACUGCCCUGAUGGCUUCACAGGGCUCAACUGCACCCAGGAUGUGGAUGAAUGCCAGAGCAACCCCUGCAAAGGCAUCCGGUCUCAUUGUGUCAAUGGAGUCAAUGGGUUUUCAUGCCAUUGCCCCAUUGGAUUGGGAGGAGAGGACUGUCAGGAUAAUGUGACUACGUGUUUGAAUGAAACAUGCCGGAAUGGGGGCACUUGUAUGGAUAUACUUGACACAGGGUACCGAUGCCAGUGUGCUGCUGGGUACCAAGGGAGGAACUGUGAGGUUAACAUUGAUGAAUGCCAGUCUGAGCCUUGUCAGAAUGGAGCCAUCUGCAAAGACGGGGUCAACACCUACCAGUGUUUCUGUGUACCCGGAUUUCAAGGCUACCACUGCGACUUGGACAUCAAUGAGUGUGCCUCCCGACCAUGCCAAAACAAUGGCACGUGUAUGGAUGAGGUGGACCACUACAAGUGUGACUGCUCUACAGGCUUCAAAGGGAUUAACUGUGAGGUGGAGAUCGAUGAGUGUGAGGUGCAUCCCUGCCAGAAUGGCGCCACCUGCCGAGACCAUGUAGCCUCAUACACAUGUGAGUGCAUGGCUGGCUUCCAGGGGCAAGACUGCGAAGUCAACAUUGAUGAAUGUGCUAGCAUGCCUUGUCUGAAUGAGGGCAAGUGCAUAGAUGGGGUCAACAGCUAUGAAUGUGACUGUGAGGGGACCGGCUUUGUAGGCGACCACUGCGAAGAGGAUAUUCUUGAAUGUGCCUCUGACCCCUGCCAGAAUGGAGCCUCUUGUUUGGAGGGGAUAAACCAGUACAAGUGCCACUGCUGGCCAGGUUAUGAUGGAGAACACUGCCAGGUUGACAUAGAUGAGUGUGAGCAGCAUCCCUGUGAGAAUGGUGGCGAGUGUUUCCAGCGCUCAGAUAUUCUAAACUAUGGGACUCUCCCUGAACUCAGCAAAGCCAAUUUCAGCUAUGAAGAGGCAGCUGGCUUCAUCUGCCACUGUCUGCCAGGAUUCAGUGGAGACAACUGCUCAGUCAAUGUGAACGAGUGUGAGUCUACUCCAUGUCAGCAUGGAGGAAGCUGUCGGGAUCUGGUCAACUCUUAUCAGUGUGUGUGUCCAGACGGAUUCACAGGCAUACACUGUGAGGUGGACAUUAAUGAAUGUGACAGCAAUCCCUGCCAGAAUGGUGCCACGUGCGAAGACGCUGCCAACUCCUAUAUGUGUCACUGCCCCAUGCCAGAGCCCGGCCAAGAGCCCUGGGGUGGGCACGACUGUGACGUCCAUCUGGUUGGCUGCCAACAGCACCAGUGUCAACACGAAGCAGGUUGCGUCCCCGUGCUGACCGAUGAUGGCGAGCACAGCUACACCUGCCAGUGUCCGCCUGGCUGGACCGGAGAUCGCUGUAACACCUCCACCACCUUCUCUUUCAACUCUGAGGGCUUUGUCCACAUGCAGCUGCCUAUUCCCAAAAACAGGACAAAACGAGAGACUAAAGACCAUAAUCAUGGGCUCCACAUGGAGCUUCGAUUCAAGACCACUUUGCCUGACAUGGUGCUGUACUACCGGGGCACUACUGAGCACUUCAUCUCCCUGGAGCUUGUUGGAGGCUCUCUUCAGGCCAGGGUGAAGUCAGGGAAGAUGCUGCAGGUCAUUUAUACCGGUCCAGUCAAUGACGGAGAAUGGCAGCAGGUCACUGUGACCAUGGAUGAGAGGCUGGUUCUGGUCGUAAAAGGACCUGGCUGUGAGGAAGAGUGCCAAGUGAAGAAUGAAGGAUACAACCAUCUGAUCUUCCUCCAGCCCAGCUCUUUUCAUCAGCUUUAUAUUGGAGGGGCACCACAAGAACAUUUAGCACAUACAUCCAGCAGAAGGGGGUUCAUUGGCUGCAUGGAAGACCUUCGAGUUGACCAUAAGCUGCUUCUGCCUCAGGACCUUAUCAGAGAGGAAAACCACGGCUUAGAAAUGGGAUGCAUUAAAAAAAACUGGUGUCAGGAUGACCCAUGCAGGCAACGUGGGCAGUGUGUUGACAUGUGGGUUCGUGCCAGCUGUUUGUGUCAUCGGCCCUUCUCUGGAGAAAGUUGUGAGAAAGAGUAUCUACCCUCCACCUAUGGUCAUGAGACCACCAUCAGCUAUGCCGCCUUCAACAUCUCAGAAACCCAUGGAGACAACUUCACCAUCUCCUUUUUCAUGCGUUCCCUCAAAAACAACGGCCUGAUCCUGCAGCUUCAUCGUGAAGGAAUGCCUUACCUGACAAUCUACUUGAAGGAGGGUACUGUUGCCAUUUACAGUCCCCACACAACGUUGCUCUCCGAAGCCCAGUUUGUCACCGAUGGCAACAAUAAUUUGGUGACCAUAAAGGUCCACUACGGUCAUGUGGUCUUUCCCAAAGCGGGGAAUCACCGUGCCUUAGGGAAUGUGAGUGUAGAGGCAGGGGAUGUGGCAUAUGUUGGAGGGCUCCCUGCAGGCAAGAGCAUGAGUGCCUGGGGUGGAAACUUCAAGGGCUGCCUGCAGGACAUGCGGCUGGACCAUAAGCAUCUGACAACUGGGGGUCAUCUAGAGGGGGUGGAAGUUUACCAGGCAAGCAAAGAGGAGAACGUGCUGCUAGGAUGCCAAAGUGAUGACACAUGCAAGGAUGAGCCAUGUUUCAAUGGUGGACAGUGCCAGGUUACCUGGAAUGACUUCAACUGCAACUGUUCCAUAAAUUACACAGGGCGGCUGUGCGAAACACGUUUGUGGUGUGUUGACAACCCGUGUUUUAACGGAGUGCGCUGUGUGGACCUACAGGAUGGUUAUGAGUGUUUAACUGAAGCCAUUUUUCAGGACAAUGCUCUCCAGUAUUUUGCCAACAAUUCUUUGCUGAACAGUGUGACCAACAUCACCAUGGAUAUACGAACACGGGACACCGACGGAAUCUUGUUGCGGGCAGCAAGCAGAGCUGAGGUUUUUUGUGUGGGUCUGCUCAACUCCUCCCUGCUGGUCAAACUGGACAGCGGGAUGAACGCAGAGCUGCUGGCCUUCACAAGUGACAGGACCAUUGCAGAUGGAGCAUGGCAUCAAAUCCAGCUGUUCAUGGUUGAUCCCUCACAAUUAAUGUCCCGCUGGAGCCUCAUUGUGGAUGGGAAGAGAGUUGGCGGCAGCUUUGGCAAUGGAGGCAACCUCAACUUCCUCAAUGACACCAAAAUCUGGCUGGCUGAGAAAUACACUGGAUGUAUAGGAGAGGUGAGGCUUGGUGGAGUCUACCUGCCACUUAUUAAUGUACCAGACGCCCCUCAGAUGAGCCAGUUCUCCAGACUGAGUGGGUACGAACCGAUCAUAGGAUGCCAAGGUACUCCGAUUUGCGAUUCCCAGCCCUGUCUCAACCUGGGCGUUUGUCAGGACCAGUUUAAUGAGUUUAACUGCAGCUGCAGUGAAGGAUGGGAGGGCAAACUGUGUGAAACAGAGAUAAAUGAGUGUUCUUCAGGUCCCUGUGUCUAUGGUACCUGUAAAGACCUGCUGGCAGACUACCAAUGUGACUGCGAGCCUGGAUACACAGGGAAAGACUGUCAGGACGAGGUGGACAACUGUCUGGAGUUCAGCUGUGUGAAUGAAGGAACCUGCGUGGAAACAGAGGGAACACACACAUGUUCAUGUCCCCCUGGCUACGUUGGCAAGCGCUGCCAGUGGCGUUACCCUCCAGUGGCGUGUGAUGCAAACACAGAGUGUCUUAAUGGAGGGGUUUGUAUAGGAGGAGACUCUGGAGGCAACUGCACAUGCAAGCCAGGAUACACAGGUGCCAGGUGUGAGACAGAGAUAGACGAGUGCGAGUCGAGCCCUUGUCUCAACGGUGCCACCUGUCUGGACAGACUCAACCACUUCCAGUGUGAGUGUGUGCCAGGCUUCAGCGGCAUGCUGUGCGAAAGCAAUAAAGGGGAACAGAAGGAGCGAAUCCCCUGGCUGGCAGUGACCAUUCCCCUGACCACCCUGUGUGUGUUACUGGCCAUCCUGGUGGUGUUUUUCCUUAUCAUGACAGCACGGAAGAAGCGACAGUCAGAAGGCACAUACAGCCCCAGCUCACAGGAGGUGGCUGGUGCCAGGCUGGAGAUGGGCAGUGUCCUCAAAGUGCCCCCAGAAGAGAGGCUGAUCUGAGGCCUGGAGCCCUGCCUCAUAGCCUCACAUCCAGUGGAAGUAUCAAUGUGAAGGGUGGAGAGAACACAUGCUCUGUAGGGUGGCUGAUAAAUCAAUGACUGAUCCUCCACCUAGAAAAUCUACUGAUGUUGAGUCGUCAGGGAUGGACAGGUAAAGACCAUAGGCUCAAAGGCAGUCUAAUGGUUACUCAAACUGUCCUGCUUGGGAGUGUGUGGUUGGAUGUUCUCACCCUGGAUGUUUCCUUGAAAAGUCGAGUCUUGAGGACUCUCUCAAGCUUAAAUCUCAUGGAACCAAAAACAUACGAGGACCACAUGUAUUGAAGAAAAGCCCAAAAGUCUGGGGAUACUAAGAAGUAUAUGAACACGGGCUGAAAUUCACUGAAACUGAAAAUUCUGGGACACCCAUACAACCAUGUCAUUGUCAUUAAUUCAUUUCAUAUCAGCGAUUUAUAUUCAUUAUUUAUGGUUUAGCAAAGCAAAACAUUAAAAUCCCUCUUGUGUAGACUGCACUGCUGAUUCUGGUUUGCAUGAAAGGGAAAGAUGAAUGUGUGGAGUUUAAUUUGUAUAGGAAGCACAGACUGCAUAUUAUGAAGGGAGCCAUUUCUUCACCAACUGCUUGUAGUGGUAUUACAUUACAUGUACAAGGGGGUUUCUAGUGGUAAGAUUCAAUGGAGACAAACACUAGCUUUAUUUUGGUGCUGAUGACUUCACCUCUUAUGCUGUGUAUGGAUUUUGUUACCUGUUUUCCUCUUUUUUUCCCCCCUCCUUUCACAGUUUUAACACUUUUGUUAUCAUAAAUGGAAGCAGUAGCAAAAUCAGCUGAAGCAGCAAUGUAUUUUUGAUUCAAGCUUUAUAUUCUACUUUGCUGAAUGAGACAUUUUCUAUUACUGGUGAUUUUGGA